AUGAAUUACUUAAAGUCAUUGGGUAUUGUAAAGAAACAAAAAGAUGCUGGCUAUUGUUGUAAUUACUGUAAAUUCGAAUGCGAUAGUUAACUAUAAAUGAUACAUCAUAAUUCAUCUUGCUUUUUCAGUUAUUAUGAUAAUAACAAGAAAAGAACAGGAUUAAGAAGAAGUUAAGUAAAAGAAUAAGAAAAAAAAUAAAAAAGAGUAAUUAGAAAUAUCCUUAAUUCAAAAAUAAUAAAAAAUAAUAGUAUAGAAGUAUAGAAUAUAAAUAAGAAUUUACAAAAUGAAGAAGAAGAAUAAAAAAUUAAUAUAUUAUAAGAUCAUAAUAUUGAAUAAGUAUCAGAUGAUAAAAAUGACUUAAUUGAUGAAAGUAAGUAAAUAUAUCAACAAUUAGUUUAAGAUGAUUAAUUUAUGAUUAAAGGAGAGGAGAAUAACUUCAUUAUUAGUAUGAUAGCUCUUAAGAAUAGAUCUGAUUUGAGAUUAUCUUGGGAUUGGCCAUAACAUGAAAAAUAUACAAAAUACUUCAAAGUAACAGAAAAUAGAAUUGAUGUAAAAUCUACCUUAGAAUAUACUAAUAAGGAGAUUACUGAACAAAAUUGUGAAUUUACUUCUAAUGAUAAAUUACAAUAAACAAAUUAAAAUGAAGAAUUAUAACUAAUUCAAGUAGAUAAAGACAUAACAAAUAACUAGGAAAUAUCUUAACAUGAUAUUAAAUAAUUGGAUUUAGUAUAAACUUAAGAGUAAAUAUAAAAUGUAGAGAAGCCAACAGCACUAAAUGAUGAUAAUAUUUAAGUUUAAGCAUCAUCAUCAAUUAUUAAAUUAUAGAAAUAAGAAAUAAGAUAAUAAUUUAUAUAAAUUGAUCUUAUUAAUGAAGAAUCUGUAAUAGUAAAGCAUCAUGAUUUAAUGACGAUUUAAUAAAAUAACUCUUUAGAAAAUUAAGAUAUAAAGUCUGAGAUUAUAAUAAAAAGACCAUCUAAAUAAGAAAGCAAUAUUUAAAGUGAUGACGAAGAUAUUAGUUUUAUUGAUCCUAAUAAAGCAAGUGAUCAAUUUUACCUUAUAUUAUAAUAAGCACAUUUUGAAUUAAUUCAUAGAAAUUAAUUAAAAGAAGUUCACAAAAUUUUAAGAGAUUAUUAUGAUCAAGUAAUUAAUAAUAGAAUUAUAAGGUUCGUCUUGAUAUGCUUGAUAUUGAUAAAGUUUGGGGAUUAGUAUAGAGUAAACAUUCUCAAGCCAUUUUAAAUUAUCGAUAAUUAUUGAAAUGUUUGUUAGAUUUACAUGAUUAAGAAAAGAUUUAAUUAGAUGAGCAUAAAUAAAUUCUAUAUUUAAUUUGA